CACAACACCAUUUACAAAUUUUAUGUUAUCACAAUUAGGGCCUGUCCGUUAUACGAACCUUCUUCAUGCUGUCAUGUUGAUUAAUGUUCAAAGUGAUCCCUCAAACGCUCUUUAACACCAACUUUCUUCAUGUCGCCAUGCUUUCCUAGAUUGGAUUGAUUGCUGUCAUUCUCAGUUUCUCACGUCUUCUGCCUUCCUUCAUUCUUACUAUCGCACACACCAAAUCAACAAUUGUGUCCAAUAAAUCCGAAAUUGAGAAGCGUCGCUGAAAUUCCCGCCAAAUUAGGAGUCGGCGUCCAGGUCGACGUUUGCAAUUGAGGCUGAACAUGGAAAAAUCCGAUCCAAUAGGCGAUUCCCUUAUCGAUCGGACCUAUUACGUUCUCGAUUUGGCGCGCCUUGACUGUCGAUCCGAUUCGCAUACCGACUACGUUUUGGUACGACUCCGUACCGCUUUUGGGUACAGCGCGUUCAGAACGUAGAUCGUGGGCAUUGAGCGAUUUAGGUUACUAUGGAAGACAAGGAGAAGGAUAAUUCGAUAAAUGAUACAACACUAAAUUCCAUUACCAAAGAGGGGGAGGGGGAGAUAUUGGAUUGCAUUAAAGACACCGAAGAGGAGGAGGAUCGGGAAUACUCUUCUGAAACGGUCAAAGUCGACCAUCAACCUACUGAAAAGUUGGAAACGGAGGCCCAUCAUAUUCAGGAAGAAUCUUCUAAGGAUGUUAGGCAUGUCACUUGUGCAGAGGAUGGUGAAAAGAUAGGUGACGACUUGAAUAAUCAUGAGGGUAUCAGUAAAAGUUCAUUAUCUGAAAAAACAGAGGAGAAUCAAACCGACCCUAAAGAUAACACUUGUAGUAAGGAGGAAGAAGGGCUUGUAGUUGAUGGAACUUGGGAACCUAUAAUGGAAGCCAAUCCCGGAAAGGUUUCAGUUCUCACAAAGUUUGUAAAGUUGAAGAGCUUAUAUGCAGUCUCUAAUGUAUUCCACCGUCUUUCCAGAAAAACUGAUGUGCAGAAUGAUUCUGAUGAAAAUAACAAAAACAUAAAGGAGGUAAAGACAGAUGAAAGAGAAAGCCAAGAGAUAACACCAGAGAAGGAUCAGGAUGAGGGAAAGAAAAAGGAGGCGAGUCUGAGUCUUGAGUCACCUAAAUCAAUAGCAAUGAAAGGAAGGGUUGUACUAUAUACAAGGUUAUGGUGCGCAGAUUGCAAAGAGGCAAGGCUAUUUCUACGUAAGAGAAGGCUCAGGUAUUUGGAAAUAAAUGUAGAUGUGUACCCAGGUAGAAAAUUGGAGCUAGAAAAGAUGACUGGCUCCUCAGAUGUGCCUAGAGUGUUUUUCAAUCAGUUCCCAAUUGGAGGGUUGAAUGAGUUAAAAGGUUUGGAUGAGUCUGGUAAGCUACAGGAGAAAAUAGAGUACGUAACUUCCCAAGGGCCAUCGCCAAAAGGUCCUCUACCACCAUUUUCAGGGGAAGAUGACGUGUCUAGUAGGGGUAUUGUAGAUGAAUUAGCAGUUAUAGUCCGGAAGAUGAAGGAAUCAAUUGUUGUUAAGGAUCGUUUUUAUAAAUUUCGGAGGGUGACCAAUUGCUUUCUGGGUUCAGAAGCUGUAGAUUUCUUGUCAGAAGAUCAACUCUUGGAACGAGAAGAGGCUAUUGAAUUUGCCCGGAAGCUUGCUAAGGAGCUUUUCUUCCGGCAUGUUCUUGAAGAAAAUACUUUUGAAGAUGGCAAUCACCUUUACCGAUUUUUGGAUCAAGAUCCUGUAAUAAGUCAGUGUCAAAACAUCCCAAGGGGUAUUAUUCAGUCUAAGAGACAACCUCUUGUAGAAGUUUCACAUAGGUUGAGAUUUUUACUAUAUGCCAUCCUUGAAGCCUAUAUAUCAGAAGAUGGAAGGCAUGUUGCUUAUAGAACUAUCCAUGGGAGUGAGGAGUUUGCAAGGUUCUUAAGGAUUGCAGAAGAACUUCAAAGAAUUGACCUAAAUAGAACAGCCAAGGAGGAAAGGCUUGCUUUCUUUAUCAAUCUAUACAAUUUGAUGGCAAUUCAUGCAAUACUUGUGUGGGACAUCUAUAAUGGCAUUUUAAGAGGCAACCAGAGACCACCAUAUACUCUCAUAAAGCCCUUUGGUAUCUAUGAUAGACGCUUUAAGGUGUCUCUUCCCUAUGCUGAGCCUCUUAUACACUUUGCACUAGUUUCUGGAAAUCGAUCUGCCCCUGCUCUUCGAUGCUAUUCUCCUAAAAACAUUGAUGUGGAAUUGGUGGAGGCUGCUCACGACUUCUUACAAAGUGGGGCAUUUGUACUUCAUGUGGACUCCAUGACAAUAUCAGUUACUAAAAUACUCAAAUGGUACAGUGUGGAUUUUGGGAAGAAUGCAGUGGAGGUACUGAAACAUGCUGCAAAUUACUUGGAAGUUGAAAAGACACGAACCCUUUUGGAAUUGCUUAAUAACAGUCAAUUAAAAGUGGUAUAUCAGCCUUAUGAUUGGAGAUUAAACAGCUAACAUUACCUACUCAAUCUCAAAUCUCAAUGUAAAACACUUCAGGUUAAAUACUACAUCUACCCAUCCUUUUUACUAAAAAAAAAAAAAAAUUCACUGCAUAAACAACUCUCGUGACACCCCUCCUUUUCUUGAUGAGUGGGCCACGUCAUGAGGCUCUGUUGUAAAUUGUUGUUAAAUUGUUUUGGGGUACGUUUGUUACACACGGUAUAUAACAGAACAGAACAGGUUGUGGUUGUACUGUGUUUGACAUGCAUUGGACUCAGACGGAUGUGAAUAGGACAAAAGUUGCAAUUUUUUGUCCCAUCUCUUGUCUCUUUUUAAUAAUUUUUCAUAUUACUGCAUUAUAUUUUGAAAAAAAUCUACCCUAUCCUAGCAUUGCCAUCUAAAUACCAAGCAAUUUUCAUUGCUAUAAUUGUGUAGAUUUGUAAAAAAAAUUAAAAAAAAAUGUAGUUGGGUAGAUUUUUCAAAGUACAAUGCCUUAAUUAGAAAGUUAAAUGAAAAUACAAUGCUGUAAUAGAAAAUGAAAGUAGGGUGUUAUAAUAAACAGAUAAAUGAAGAUGCAUUGCUAUUUCUUACAUUUAGCCCUUCAUCAUGUAUUCUUAUAUCAAUAUGGUUUUUGGGUACAAUCCUUUUGUUCAUUGUAGAAUCAGAAUCGUGAAAUCCAGAGAAAUAUAUAUUUAUAAUAAUUUGUAUCUCAAAGUUAACUUUGGAAGCUCACGUAUAAUAGAUUCUUUCUCUUUGUUACUAGCAAUGUGUGCGUGUUAUUCCAAAAGGUUGCAAUCAUUGUCUUGACAAUUGUACAAGGAUAGCUUUAUUUACUUUCUUCAUAUUGUUAAACACUUGUAUCAAGUAAAUGUUUUAAGAUUUAGUAAUUGCACAUGCUCUCCUCGAGAAUGGUUAAUUGUUUAGUUUAAAGUAUUGAUUUCCUGGUUAUAUUUGUUGCCAUUUUAAAUGAUUGUAUUUUGAGG